UUGGGGACUGUAGAUGCAACGGGCUUCGUUAUAAUUACACUCAAUUUCCCGAUCACGUGUUCUUGCUAAACUAAAGCACAUUAUAAAGUAAAAUAAACCCAUAACUGAGGUGAAAAGGCCCUUUUCUUCUCACUGCAUCGCGUACUGCUUUUUGCAGAGCGCUAACCAGAACAAUGUCGGAUGCUUUAACACGUAACACCACCCGGAACUUGUAUCACUGCCCGGAAACGACCACUGUGAGGCGAACAGAAGUACCCGAAGGAAGACGGGGGCACUAAAAAUUGACACGGGGCGGAAAAUAUUUGGCCGACCAUAAUCCGCAAAAACUAAAGCGGAAAACGGACUGUGAAGGGCGGUUUCGCUCGAAGUCUUUCACCGCGAGUGUUAUUGCGCGAGCCCGAACGUUAGCGAGCGCGGCCAGCGGAAACUGGGGUUUGUUUAACGGAUCGAAAGCGAUGGAGAGGCCUGCGAGAGUGUUUUUCCACGGGAUGAGGAAAAAUGACCUGCUAACCUGAAAUCGGAAACCGCCUUUGUGCACAUCUAGGCUUUCGGCGCCCUUUUCAGCAUUAUUAUUUUCACGCUUUGCUCUUCAAGAGGACUUUCUCCGCGCACGAGCAGAGGGAUGUGACUGGAAAAGGUAUUUCGGCUCUCCCCCUCUCCCUCAUCCCCUUUACGGUCAGCUUAUCCCGGAGAUCAAUCCGCGCUUUUCUUUCAACAUUUUUCGGACUGACAGGGUGCUCGCUGCAGAGAAAGAAGGAACCUCUUGGUCAUACCACUGUGCUUUGUUCAUGGUCUUCCAGCUUAGGAAUUAAAGACAGAGGUUGGAUACACCCUGUGGACUAUCUGACUUUUGACUUCUUGAUCUGAACGAUUGGCUCAUCAAAACCUCCUUUUUUAAUGAAGAAUUUUUUCUGAGAAAAAAAAAAAAACUGGGACCAUUUUAUUCAGAACUUCUCAAAAGGAAUAUACCAAUAACAAGACAGAAAGACAUUCCCUCGUCACUUCAAUUUUAACUGGCUUUCAACACUAAGUGUUUCGCUUUUUAGUGCUAAACACAUUUUGUGAUGCAAUUUUCAUAAGGUAUUAGCAGAUAUGUUUUUAUCGUUUAAACUUUAGACAGUAAUUUUGAAAGACUAACGCAAACGUGUUAAUUGCAUGAUAUUGUAAACCAACUUUUACUUUUUUCUUUUUCUUUUUUUUCUUAUUUAUAGAUGAUAAUUUAAUCCAAGACUUCCAGAGUUUUAUCAGAUGUAGUGGCCCACAACUCUAGCCAAAACUCUGUUUGUAUGGGAUGAACAGUCACAGCAUCAGACAAAUUAAUCUCACACAGACAUUUGUUUUUAAAACUGGAGCUGCUAGCAGAUUAAUUUAAAGCUUUAUAUUGAUGAUUAGUGGCCCUUGUGCCAGUUUUAUUUUUUUUGCAUAUAUUUUAGGCUAGAUUGCAUUGUCCACUUACCUGCAGUAUCAACUGAACAGGGGAAAAAAAUCUUAGGAACACCCCUCAACAGUGAGAGGGAGAUGUUCCAGUUUGGAAAAUACCCUAUGGACAUUUUAGAAAUGCUCAGUGGACACCAGGCACACCAGUUCAAAGGACUGGGGCUGGAAAGACAACUGCAGCACCAACAACAAGUCCAACUUCAGCACCAGCAGCAGCUUCAACAGCAGCAGCAACAACAAAGUGAGGCAUCCAGUGGCCUCCUGUCUGGGCUUGGACUUGGUUCACUUCAAGGAUCUAGGAGUAAUGCAUUUGCAGAUUCAUCAUCCCUAUUUGCCAAAAUGAGUGCUCCCCCUCCACCUCUUCCCCAACAAACCCAGUCCUCGUCCUCACAAAGCACACGCAAAUCAAGCAAGAUGAGCAGCAGCAGUGGAAGUGGUAGUUCUGCCUCUGGCUAUCCGCAGUUCCUACGCACAUUUCACCCUGCUGAGGCUGCGCUAGCUCAGGAGCAGCUCCACUCAGGAAUGGGGCGUUUUGAUUUUGCUGGAGGAAGUACUGGAGGAGGUUCUGGGGUUAUUGGAGGAGUUGUAACGUCUGCACCACCACCACCACCCCUGCACCCUGGCCUCUCUGUUCCUCAGCCAUCCCCUGGCCCUUCCUCUUCAUCACCGUCCCCUUCAAGUUCAACCACCACUUCAAAUAAUCCCCCCAGCAGUAGCAGCUCAGUGGCUGGACUAGUUGGAGCCCAAUCUGAUGCAAGAAGUUUACACCAGCAGUUCAGUUGCAUGCUUGCUGCAAACCAAUAUCUUUUUUCUGGAGUGCCCACAAAUGCCAGUUUAGAACAGUUUCUAGUGCAGCAGGGUCCCCAUAAUCAUCUUGGUCUUGCUGAUUCAAAUACAGGUCUGGCUCCUCCUCCAGCCCUUCAUCCUUCCCACACUCAUGGCCAUCCAACUCCCCAGCCCCAACAACAGCAGCAGCAGCUGCCACCUCAUGCUUUGUCUCACCCUCACAGCCAUGCCCAUCCACACCACCCUCUACACCCUGCCCCCCAACCAUCACCUCUUGGUGGUUUCGAUUUUCAAGGUAUUCCCGUGCUUUCAUCUAAUCAACUGGCUUCCCUAAUGCAACAAGAAGCAGGCCUGCCUUUGCCACUCCCCCUCCAUCUCUCUGUACCGAAAGAUGAUGGGAAAGGAGAUAGUGGAUCUGGGGCUGGAGGAAGUGGAGGUAGUGGCAGCAGGAGAAAGAAAGCCAUGGCUGGCUACCUGCCCCAGAGGAAGACAGAUGGUAGCAGUAGCAACAGCACAAGCAGUGCUAACUGCCAUGGCUCUGGGGCACAUGGUCAUGAUGGGUCCUCUGGUCUUGUGGGAGGAGGUGGAGGGGUUGGAAUGAGGGGUCUUGGUGGUGACCCUUCCUCCAUCCUCUCUUCGUCAACACCGUCCUCCUCUUCUUCAACUGUCUCCUCCUCUUCUUCCUCUGCCCCAUCUUCAAACUCUGCCUCUGUGCUUGUAUCAAAUAUCUCUCAAAACCCCAAGCCCGAAAACCAGCAAUCAAUGACUCCCAAUAUCACACAGACUGAGCAAGAGGCUCUGUUUCAUUGUGGAGAGUGUGGAAAGUCUUUUGGCCACCUCCCAACCCUUCGCCGACACAUACGCUGCCAUGAAGACGGCGGUGGUCAAAACAGCAGCACAAACACAAAUCAUCAACAUCAGUCAGAUCUCCCGCACUCAACACAAGAUGGAAUUUCUCAAAAUGCACACCACCAUGAGAAUCCAGACCCCAUGUCUUCCACUUGCUCAAGUCCAGAUAAGUCAUACUGUUGCAAUGAAUGUGGAAAGGGGUUCAAAAAGAGAGGACACCUCCUUCAGCAUGGUGUCAUCCACUCUGGAGAUCGUCCGUAUGCCUGCACUGUCUGUGAACGUUCAUUCAACCGAAGAGAGUCUCUCACUCGACAUGAGAAAAUUCAUGAAGAGAAACCCUACCGCUGCCCUGCUUGUGGCCGCUGCUUUAGAGAGAGCACUUCUUUGCUUAACCAUGCUGCAUCUGGUAACUGUGGAAAGCCUGGGAGGAGAUCUAGAAGCAGUGAUGGUAGCUCAAUAGGUUCAGUGGAUGGCAAAGUUGAAACCGAUUUUCCUGGUGGACAGAUUACUGACACAAAAGAUUUGGUAUUUUGCAAGAAUGAGGAUAGCACAGCAGGGAUGUCUUGUGACAGUCUAUAUUCGCAGGCAAGAAAUGCUAAUCAAAACCCUAUUGGCAAACCUAAAGAAGAGUAUAAUCCUGAGUAUUCAAGAGAUCCUUACCAAACGUCAUACAGGGUCGAUGACUACCGUCGACAACAGGGCAACCCAGCAUCCUACUCUGGAGAUUCCUGUAGUAACAGCAUGUCAAGUCCAGCCCUCAGAAAAGCUCCUUUAGCCCCAACACUUCACCCACACCCUCAAAAUCAGACGCACCAUCACCAACCGCAGUCUCAUCUUCCUCUCUCCUCUCUUUUGGAUGACUCUGAAGAUGAAGUCACAAGUAGUGCCAUGUCCGCAAUUGCUGCAGCUGCUGCCGCCUCUGUCUUGCCUGCUGAAAUGAACAAUAAUGGUGGACGAGAGGAACGGAGAGACAUCAUUGGAGGCCUGUUAGGAGGCCUUGGCUUCGGCUCUAUGGGUGCCUCUUCAUCAACAUCUGCAGGAAAUGGUGGCAAUGAAGAAUGCCUGAGUGGUUCAAUGAUACCUUUAUCUCACCCGACCCAACAGCAGCCUAAUUCACAGAAUGCCAACAAUCCUAAUGCCAAACCCAAACGGCCGCGGAAGCCCAGACAGAAAAGAGAGCCGAGACCUCCAGGAGCUCCAGGAGAAGUAGUGAAACGUCGGAGAAGCAGUCAGGGUGGUGCUGCUGGAGAUGGUUCCGACAGGCCUUAUUUAUGCACUGUUUGUGGAAGGGGCUUUAGCAGACGGGAGACAUUACGUCGACAUGAACGUGUGCAUACAGGGGAAAAGCCAUUUCAUUGUGACAUCUGUGGCAAAGACUUCCGAGAGCCGUUUCACCUUACCAAACAUCAGACUGUUCACUCUGGGGAAAAGAAUUACAAAUGCACGCUCUGUGGAAAAGAUUUUGGAUAUGCUCAGAGUCUGAAAAGGCAUGAAAAAUUGCAUCUAAGGGGAGAUUUCAAGCCAAGGCGGAGUAAAACCAAAUCUGCUGCAAAUCAAGGGGUGCCCGCUAAUCAAGAACAAACUGAUCAAACCAAUCAAAAUAAUCAAUCCAACCCUGGCGCUUAUUACUCCUAUUCUCAGGAUAAAGUUCAAGGAUCUAAUGCGAGCACAAGCAACCAACCCCCUCCAAAGCUAUAUACAUGUGAGAUUUGCUGGAAAUCUUUCCGCCAUCACUUCCAUUUGACUGCCCAUCACCAAGCCAUUCAUGAACAUGGUGGGGAGAAACUGUUUUCAUGCGAAGUGUGUGGAAAAGCGUUUUCAUACUCUAACAGCCUGACCAGACAUAGAUUAUCUCAACAUGGUUUGACUCGUGCUGGGCCAACAACACAACCAACAGGAAACGAUUCUAUUGGAACUGCCUCGUCUGUCUCGGAGAGCGAGGCUGCAACCAAUGCACUCCUUCAUAUAUCACCUGAAAGUGGAAGUCAUGGAGUACAACAGCCCCAUUCAACGAUUGCUCACACGCAGCAUCCUCAGCCUGCUGGAUAUUCACCACUCUUCUACACUCCAGAGUCAGGACAUCACAGUUCAAAUCAAGUCACUUCACACCCCCAACAUCUGCACUACUCAAACCCCACGAUGGGUCCCCUCCAGCUUCAGCAGCCAAUCAGUGGGAAGCAGUUAAUUUAUUCAGGGGUUCCAAGUAACACACUUCAUUCCACUCCACCUCAUAUCCACAUCUCUCCACCCCAGCACUCGCAACACCACCAGCAACAGCAUCCUUUUUUAUUGCAGUCUCCACAUCUACAGAGCCCGCAGCCCCAGGGGGAUGCUACCCAAAGGAAGAAAAAAAAAAAAAAGAAAAAAUAUAAACUGCCGUUGAUAACUGGAUUCAGUGCUUAUGAAAUUGCCAGGAGGCAAAUGUAUUUAAAACGGAAGAAGUGCAGGCUUCAGCAGCAGCUAAAACGGAAGAAGUGGAUGGCUCAGCUGAAAUGGGCCAAGUUUACUGGAGGAGGGCUUGGCUUAAAUGUAGGCGGAGGCACAUGGCGUGUGGGGAGGUUAAGGUUCAGAGGCCUUCGCUCUCUCAUCGUGCCCUUGAAGUCAUAUACUUGCCCUGUUUGUCCCUUCACCACUUUUUCAAGCCGCAUAAGUCUUUCGGUGCACCGAGUAACAAGGCACCCACCAAGAAAACAUGGUCGCCAUAAUCGCCUCCGAUGCACAGUCUGUGGAAAACGUUCUCGAAGGCUACUGACGGCUCUCUGUCAUCGGGCCCAGCAUCUCUCUCAAGGGGGGUUCUCUUGCUCACGAUGUCCCUCACGAUUCUGGAACGGCACUCUCCUACAGCGCCACAAAUUUGCUUGUCGUCGUGUCAGUAGAGGAAUCAGAAUGUCAAUAAAGGCGACGUAUCUGGUGAAAACAGAGGGCCAGACUGAAAGAUCAACAGUUGUGACAGGAUACAGGCACUGAGCAAACUGACAUCAAAACAGAAAUUGUACAAGGCCUUAAUAACUGAACUCUUCAAGGCAAGAGCAGGCACAUAGGACUUUGAUGGAAAUCACCACAGAUUCAACUCCUUGAACACGUGGUCAAACUAUAAGCAAGGGAGUGCCUGGUUUCUCCAAAACAAGCCUGUACCUAAAGAACCAUCCAUUAUAGACAUGGAUCUCUAACACGGUUUCUCCAAAGGGGAAGAAUAUUCUAGAUUAUGGAACUGUUUUUGGUAGCACCUUUGUUGUAAUGGUAGCAUCUCUAUCCUCUAAAAAAAAAUGCAUUCAUUAUGUAUUUUCGUAACUUUAUUUGUGCUGCAAUGAUGGAUGCAUACCAGUGAAAGUGGACUAAUUUGAACAGUAACAAUCUAUUCUCUAAACUAGUUUCCCCACAGUACUCAAGAGUUUAACGGUAUAGCCUUUGUUUACUCUCAAAUAUACGUAGUUUAUUUUAAUUUUAUUUUUUGUUCAUUGUGGUGUUGUUUUGUUCCCAUUUCGCUGUCUCCAUGUUAAAAUGCAAAUGUUUGACCUGGAAAACUGAAAGUUACUGGUUUUGGGAAAGGGGAUCAAGUGCAUAGUGUGUAUUCCCUAUGAACAACCUCAAUUCUGACACUCCAUGAUGAAUUCAAGUGUCUCACAGAGGGACUCGCUGCAGUGAAACUGUCGAAACGUGCAAAAUAUUCUGCAGAGCUGAUAUGUAGGGGACAGAAUGGUGUUACUAAUGCCAUGUUCCUGUGUUCAAUGUCAUCUGUUUUUUAAAGAAAUAUGUAAAGAAAUCUUUGCAGGUGUUUCUAUGGCAAGUGUUAAUGUCUUUGGUUGCGAGAUUGGCUAGCGGGAGAGAGGAAUAGCAAGUCUGUUCUGUACAAUGCGUAUUAUAUUUUAUUAUGUAACAGUUGUGUUCUUUCUUUUUUUAUUAUUAUUCAAAGUAUAAGUUUUUUUUUUAAUCAUUUUUACUAUUUUAGGGGUGGGAGGGUAUGUGGCAGGGUCUGUCAAUGUAAGAUGUGGGGAAUAUAUGUAUCGGUGUGACUUUUGUUCCCUGCCCCUUUGAUCUGUUUAACCCAAACCACAGUUUAGCCCAGCUUUCCCAACACUAUUGUAUUCAUUCUCGAUACUUUACUUAGCUCUACUGUUCCAAUGUUUUCCUCAGUAAACUAAAAUACAAAAUAUAAAUACUAAACUGUUUUCUUUUUCUGAGUCAACAGAGAUGUUGAGUUUCUCAGAAAGCAAAUAAAAGAUAGAAAAUGUACAGUU